UUGAUUAUUUCAGUUGCCUUUAUCAAGGUUUUUAAAUUUAUAAUAAUAUUGUUUUAAAACAUUAUUUAAAAAAAUACUGUCCAUUAAUUAGUGUGACCGCACUGCAUUGCUACCGUUGACUGCUUGGCGCCCUGAAGCUUUGAAAUUUCAAAGUUGAAAAGUCAUCGACGUCAUGUCGUAUGCUAAUUGCAUUGUGCGGGCAACCACGCAACUUCCUGUUUCCUUUUCCGUAGUUCGUCUGUACAGUGCAGGUGUUUUAUUUGCAGUCACCCCCACAUAUUUAAUAUUAAAUUACCAUAUAAAUGCAAUUUAUGGGCGGGGCAGUAAAUGGCUGUUGUCCAAUUUUUUAAUAGGUGGUGGAUAUAUUUUUAGAUUAGUAACAUUUGUAUUGUUUGCGGUAAUUGUUUGUUUUUCUCUUUUUUUGUGUAAGCAACAACAGCUUUGCAAAAUAAACAGAAAUCAAUAACUAUGGGACGUACAGACAGACGCCAAGCAAAGAAAACUUCACAUCUAAAACCCUACUCCGGACCGCCUACUUCGGCCACUGCCAUAAUUAUUAUACAUGCCAUUGUUGCUGUACAGAGAAUGGGUAUAUUAGCUUUGUCAUUUGCUUGGUUACCUAUACUAAAUAUAAAUACAAUAUAUCAAAUCGUAACUCUUAAUCUCUAGCUAGAAUCUAAAAUAACGUUAGAGAGAGACCUAUAUAAAUAUUUUUUAACUGAAUCUUCAUAGGCGUAUCAUAAGUAUACACCUAAUUAACUGGUAUUUGAGCUGUCGGCUAUAGGGAACAUUGCAUUUUUUUUAUUUGUACUUACUGUGGCGCUAAAAGACGUUGCCCGGGGCUCUCAUGAAGCAAUCAAACAUCGCCGUCGCCAUCGCCGCCGUCGUCGUCGUCACAGGACCCCCUUGUCCAACAGCACGGAAACGAAAAAUCCAAUAAAAAUAUAAAUGUAUGUGAGAAAUAUUCGUGGUUGGUCGCGUGCCGCUGUGGCAUGCGAGCAGCGGCACAGCGCCACAGUGCCGCAGCGAGGGAGCAGCUGUCUGGGCUUAGUUAAUGUUUAGCAGUCGACGCUCGCAGUUCCGUACACUGAGCUCCUUCAGUAUGUCCACACGCCAGCCACUCAAUCCGCGUGCCAAUGUUUUCAUACUGGUCAAUCUGGGCUGUGAGGCGCUCUACGUAAUUGACCAGCGUCUGAAGGCUCAACAAAUUGCGGCCGACAAGUCGCUUCAAGUCAUACACGAUGUGACGUCGGUGCUAUUGGAGCCCAAGUUCAUUGAGUCACUCAUCAAUGGGUCCAUGCACAGCAAUGCCCAGCUGCUGACAGCGGAUCACUGCAAGUUUAUGCUGAACGACAUUGCCACCUGUUCGCUGAUGCGUCUGGACGAGACGUCCAUGGAGAAGCUCUGGAAUCUGAUGACCAUGGUGUAUAAAUGGCAGCUCUUUGUCUCGCGGCACCAGCAUCAUCUGCUGGACAUAACGUUCCGGCAUUUGGAUGCCAUUAGUCGACUAUAUCCGGAUGCGAAGCGACAUAUGCUCAUCGAUUACACCAAGAAUACGUUACUGGACUUCUGGAAUGCCUGCGGCGAGGAGCACCAGCUGUCCAUUUACCGCACCAACAAGGCGUGGCUGGAGUGCUUCAAUACUAAGAUCUCUUUGCUCAUCCGGCUGGGCUUUCAGGCCAUGGACGGCAGUUUUCUGACCCCUACAGAUCAGAGCCACUACGAGGACUAUGCCCAAUGCAUUGGCGACAAUAUCUACAUGAAGAACAAUGAAUUGAUGCAGCAGCAGCAGCAGCGCGAACCGAAUCGCAUAGAUCAACUGGCAGCGCAGCUGAGUAUUAAUCAAACGCAACCCGCAACUGGCGAGGAUUUGCAGCCCAUGGAUGCCGGCCAAGUCCAGAAGCAGUUUGAACAAACAUUCUCUAACAUUCUGUUCGCGGACAUGGAUAAUAAUGCGGAGGGGGCAGCAACAUCGCAGACGCAGCGCAGCCCCAACGCCUCUGGCUGUGAAUUUGUGCAGCUGCUGACUGCGAGCACCAAGGCGGAUGAGGUGGUGCCCACGGCGACCCGCAGUACUGGAGUGCUCAAUCAGCAAUUGAUCGAUUUGUAUAGCAAAAUGCAUUGAA